GUAUGUUUCAAUGAUAAUAAAGAUGAUAUAACUAUUACUAUUGUAAAAACAUUGAUAUUUAAAAACAGAAUGAUGGCGGUGCAUUUACAGGACGUGUCGUAGUAGAUAGUUGAAUUACGUAACUAUCGCAGUAAUGUAGGCUACAUGUAAAUUAUAAAGUGAUAUAACCUAAUAAUAACAACACACCACCCCUCCAUGUUUCAUACACCAGUCUCGCUGCCAACACUGACAAAGUUGACGCUUAGAACGAAGUCUCGCGAUAGCUAGUACGAGAUAUCGCGAAGGGAGGGCUGCAUGGAAAGCUGAAAAGACAAAACAAAAGCCCCACAUUUCAGCUAACAGGCGCUGGUCGCUUUUUUAAUUUAAUUUUAUUUUUUUAUCAACCAAAAAAAAAAAAAAAAAGAAGAAGCCGAUUUCAUUCGCGUCUCGUACCCUCUUCAACUUAGCGGCACUAUCCGGUAGGUUUUGCAGGAUGCCAAGCAGCACGUCUUUGUUGUUGGAGGCCGACGAGGGAGAGUCCGAGGUCCCGCCGCCGCUGGUGCACGCUUUCGCCGGUAUGGGCCUCGAGCACCACGGCAGUCAGAGCCGGGCUCCCGAACCAUCAGAUGAGGUUUCCUUUAACCAUCAGCUCCCGGCAGUGUCCCAUUUCAGUAUCCUCGGUACGGUCCUCGACUUGAAGCCUCUCCCGCUGCAUCGGCCGCCCUCGGGGGAUGAAGCGAACAAAACGGCAGAGGACGAAGAGCUAGAAGCCAUAGCGGCCGGUUCUUCGGGCUCGUUGCUAGCGAAGGCCCACCGCCACCAACACCUCCCACCGGGGCAGAGCGGCACCGCGAUGGAGCCGCCGCCGCAUGUCGAAACGGUGUUGCUGUACAACGGAGACGAGCGGGACGAUGGCGGGCUGGGCAGCGGCUCUCUGCCUCCGGGCGGCAGCAUGGUGAUGCUGCCGCCCGGCGUGUUCGGCGACUCGGGCUACGAGACCGAGCACUCGCUGCUGAGCCGGAGAAAGAGCGUCAACACGACCGAGUGUGUGGCGGUGCCGAGCUCCGAGCAUGUCGCCGAGAUUGUGGGCAGACAGGGCUGUAAGAUCAAGGCGCUUCGAGCCAAGACAAACACCUACAUAAAGACGCCGGUGAGGGGAGAGCAGCCCGUCUUCGUCGUGACGGGCCGCAAAGAAGACGUGGCCAUGGCCAAGAGGGAGAUCCUGUCCGCGGCCGAGCACUUCUCCCUGAUCAGAGCCUCUCGGAACAAGGCGGGCCCUCUGUCUGCUGUGACCGGUUUAGGGGCCCCCACUCUACCUGGGCAGACCACCAUCCAGGUGCGGGUCCCGUAUCGCGUCGUCGGAUUGGUCGUGGGCCCCAAAGGAGCCACCAUCAAGCGCAUCCAGCAGCAGACCCACACCUACAUCGUGACUCCGAGUCGGGACAAGGAGCCGGUGUUUGAGGUGACGGGGAUGCCGGAGAACGUGGACCGGGCGAGGGAGGAGAUCGAGGCGCACAUCGCCCUGCGCACCGGCAGCUGCGGGGGCGUGGAGGCGCCGGGCGUGGACAACAGCGACUUCCAGUUCAACGGCACGGACGUCAGCUUCGAGUCCUCGGCGAACCCCGUCGGCCUGGGAGAGGCCGGGUGGCUCCACGGCGGCGCGUCGUCGCCGGGCGGCGGCGGGGGGGGAGGAAGCUUGUUGCCGGUCAGCAUCAACGGUACGCAGCGGGCCAACAGCAACAUCAGCAGCGCCGCCCGCAUGUCUUCCACCUACCGCAACGACAGCUCCAGCUCUCUGGGCAGCGGCUCCAGCUCGGCCGACUCCUUCUACGGCGGCGGGAACGGGAACCGCAUGGCCGACUUCAGCCCGACGUUCCCCUUCAACGCCAACGCUAACAACAACAACAACAGCACGAGCAGCAGCAGCACAAGUUUCUGGUUCGGCGACAGCCUCCUGGGCGUGGGCUCCGAAGAGCUCCUCAGCCUGGGAGGCGGGGGCUCCUCCUCCUCGGGGUUGGAGCCGUUAACCAUUUCCACUGCCCAUACCUCGCAGCCCGCUGCCCCACCGCACAUCUGGAGCCCCUUUGUGGACCAGCAGUCACUUCAGGCCUUUGACUCUCUGCAGUCCCAGACCAGCCAACCCGGCACCCCCCGCCUCUCCCCGACUUUCCCCGGGACCGACGCCCUGGAGCACCCUCAGGCCCAGCGUGUUCACCGACGGCCUUUCGGGUCGGCCGGAGCCCUCGACGUCCACAGGAUCCCCUCCUACAGCUCGGCCUUCUCCUCCUCCGGCGACAGCACCACCUCCUCCUCGCCGCCCGAGUCCUCCUUCUCCUACCGGCCGGGCGUGGGGUCGUCCGGCAGGGGGCAGGAGAUAUGCAUCCAGUGUAUGGACAACCAGGUGAUCGCUGCCUUGGUUCCCUGCGGCCAUAACCUGUUCUGUCUCGAUUGUGCCACGCAGAUCUGCCAGGGCCCGGAGGCCGCGUGCCCCGUGUGCCUGUCCCCGGCCACGCAGGCCAUUCAGCUGCGCAAUAUCUGAUUUGUUUUCAAUCCGUUUUCUCCCCUUUGAUGGCUGAUUCAGGGGUCCGCCCCCUCCUCCUCUCCUUCCCCCCCGACACCUGUGGCUCACAGCGUCAUGUGUGGGACUUACAAAACAAGACCCCAGAUCAGCGUCCCAGUCUUUUCCCGGCUGGUUUUAAUUUGACAAAGGUGCAGAGAGAAGAGGAAGCGGGAUGGGUUACGGUGUUUAUCCUUUCCUGUUUUUUUUUUUUUAUUUUUUUUUUUAUUUAGGGCAUGGUUGAGGGUGCAGAGCCCAGUCCUGUGCCUGCUAUUGUGAAGUCUUCUUGAUUGAAUAACGGGAGGGUUGGAAGCCCUCUAUGUAGCAUUGGGAGGGUUGGGACUUUUUUUUUUUUUUAAUUAUUAUUCUUUCGUUUCUCAUCCUAAAUCUUGUUUUUUUUUUUAUCUUAAAAAUAAUUUUCUUUCUAUAAUUUUAUUUUUUUACAUUAGAGUAUAUUAGAAAUAUAUUAGGCUUUAGGGUCAACACGUUAAAAUGUUUUAUUUCAUGUUAAACAUCUCAGUUUUCUCCCACACGGAGCUCCUGAGGGUCGUUUUUUUCCCCCGCGGUUAGACUUCAUAACGGCGUGGAUGAAGGGAGGCACCCUGGCAAGUUUCUCUGGUUUUCUGCUCCUUUAAAAGGAGAUACGGUUUUUACGUCGUCCACAUUAAGAAUCAGAUUUUUUUUUUUUCUUUUAAAGUUGGUAUGAAAACACUCCCAAGGAGGGUUUCUAAGUCCAAGUGGGUCGAACCUGUAACUGGAAAGUUUUAACACUCCAUGAGCGAUCUUUUUAUUGUUUUUUUUUUUUUUUUUUUUUUCUCAGACCACCAGGAUGUUAGGCUUCUCCAGCACGGCCGACUAUACUUCAACCCGUUUACGGUAAACUCGUGCCUAAUUCCCCGAGCGUAAAGGACGAAGUCGAGCGGUCUUAGCUGACGCGGUCUUAGCUUUGUUUUCAAGCGAACUUUGUGGCCUUUUUGUUUUUCUUUGGGGGGGAAAAAAGCCUCUAAUAACCGUCACAACACUACCGACAAACAAACCCUGAAUCUCGGGCUCGAGCGAACACAAGCUGACAGGCGGAAGCAGGAACCUGCUUGUUUCGGGUUUCCUGGCUGCAUCUCGACGAAGCAAAAGUUAAGUCACUUGUUUUAUACUUUUUAUUUUUUUUCUUGGUAUAGUUUGUUUACAUCUUCGUACGGGGGAAACCACACGCUGGUGCCCCCCCUCAGAAGGCUAGGCACGUCUUUUUCAACAUUCCUCCUCCUCGGUAUCGUCGUCACUUAUUUUUUCCAGUUUUUUUUUUUUUUUUACAUGUAAGCGAGGCUCGUCAUUCUUUAUAACUCGGGAGCAAAACUGGCAGAUGUUUCCAGCUGUGAUCUUGAACAAAUCUCGGUGAAAUAAAAGCUGGCUGCUUUUGUUGAACUUUUUUUUUUUUUUUUUUUUUAAGCCAUCUUGAAAAUCGUCUCUUUAACUUGAAUGUGGAUGUUUGACGGCUCCAUCCCGCGGCGCUCCAGUUUAUUCCAUACUGAUGUGAAACGGAGAUGAAGGCCAUCCAUUGCUUAUUGUAUUCUAUUUUUUUUUUUUAUUUCAGCACCUCGUCUCCUCGGCCUAUUCUCAGAUCAUCUCAGUAUUUCAGCCAGUCUGCGAAGAAAUAAAGAUAAAACUCUAUAGAGAACAGUUUAAGUGCAGGAAUACGGUUGCCAAGCAAAAGCAUUCAUAACAGCCACAAUUUCUGUUUAGCUCAUUGGGAUUUCUUUGAUUGACCAACAGGAAGAUGAUCGUUUUUUUACCAGGUGUAGCGUUUUAUUAUCGCGUCAUAGCAAAUCCAGCUGCCAGUCUUCACACAUCAGCUCUUUUGUUCUUUGCAUAAAUAGCUCAAGCCCAGUCACUUAUCAGCUGUUACUACAGAUUCUUAGCUGGAUUUAGGACUUGGCCAUUCUAACUUAAAGAUCACAUGAUCUCUGCCUUUUUAAAUGGAGCUCUAGCGGAUUGUUUGGGCUCAUUGUCUUGCUAGAAGGCCAGAUUCAUGCAGCGAGCAGUUUUCUCUGCAGCUCCUCCAGAGUUGCCACAGACCACUCGCUACCUUAAUGUUUCAGAAAAGAUCCUUCCAUUUCACACUUCCACCCCGACUUCCUGUUGGUCUCAUCCUGGAAAUCCCAAUGAAAACAGGUUGUGGGUUUAAUGCGACCAAAUUUCAAAAAAAGCUUUUAACCGUUAUUAAUACCUUUUGCAAGGCACUAAGUGUUUUUUUUCUGCUUGAUUUCAGGUGAGGUUAACUCUAAUCUUAACAGUUUUGUGCGCCACCAAGCACAGACGUCACACUAUUGAGCAGUUAGGACAAACAUCCAUGCAUGGAUUGUUUUAUUUUUUUAUUUCAAUUUAUUUGUCCAUCAUUCUCAAAAAGGUACACUCAUGUGGAAAUCAUCUCAAGUAUUAGCUUUAUACACCAGUGUCUGCAGACUCCUGUAGGACUGAAUCAGCUCAGACAUGAAGAUGUGGGGGGGGGGGGGUUUCACUACAUAAGGUCAAGCCUGUUGCUCGCUCUCUUUUUGUGGACACUGCAGUCCCUCCAGCAUUCCAGCUGCGGACAGUAUUUCGGACCCAUCGCUUCAACCUGAACUCUCUCUUUCCUCCGGAUCAACCUCCUCCGCGGGUCGGUGAGCUUUCGUUUAGAAAACGGAACCGAACGAGACCCAAACGUGCAAAAAAAAAAAAAGAGAGAGAGAGAAUAAACUCCGGAUUUAUCCUCCGCAUCAUCUGCGUACGUCUCCUCUCUUCUAUCCGUCCCGGUUAUUUUCAUCCUCUCAUCUCUACAAAGGAUUGAUGGUAUUAUCUUUUUUUUUCUCUUUCCGUACGAGGGAAUGCAAUACACGACCGGCCCUCGGAUUAUCCGCAUCAACCCAUUGACUUUAUUUUUUUUAUUAUUUUUUUGUGUGUGUAUGUAUUAUAAAGAAAUUACUGUUAAUGACUGAGAAAUAUACAGAACUUAUUUUUUAUUUUGUUACAUUUCGUAUAUACAUAAAUAUAUCUAUAUGAAAAUGUUUACAAUAAUAUUUUAAAUUUGUUUCUAUUUUUACUUUUUUUUUUUUUUUUCUUUUUUUCGAGCGAUCUUAGCGAAUGAAGAGCUGGAAAUCCAGAAAUGGUUGCAGAGGAAGAAGAGUCUCAGUGCUAUCUGCUUGUAGUCUAGUUAGUAGUUUACAGUAUUGAUGAUGAUUAAUAGUAUUGAUAGCCGCCGUUAAACCUAGUCGAAAGUGGAAUGUGCAUCACGAGCAUGUCUUCAUCAUUUACCGCCAUUGUGGAACUUCACUGCAACUGUAAAAAGGCCAAGGAUUCAAGCUGCCUGUCAUGUCUGUACACCACCAAAAUUAAGAACGGUAUACUCUUCAGAUGUAUCUUCGAUUAUCUAUCUCUCUCUUAAAUACAUAUUGUUCAAAGCUGUACCAACGGUUCAAAAGUAUUUGCUAAUUUUACUACACCUUUUUGUUUUGUAUAUGUGUAGGAGGAGUCUUAAGGCAUAUAAAUUCUUCAAAUUAAGUCAGGAGUUUAAAGCAGACUAUAUUUUAUAAUGGCCUUUUAAGUUAUUGCGGCCAAAGCACUGAUAUUAUAUAUUUGCUGUAAAGAGAAUUUUAAGAGUUUUAUUUUUCUGAUAUUAAAGUUACGUAAUAAAGACGGUUUCAUUUUAAGCCA